AUGAGGCAGACCUCGGCCAGCGGGACGUACAAGACUCCUCCCACGAACUUUACUGCCUCUAUCAGAGAAGGCAGCAGCAGUCUGGCGCUGUCUACCACCAGAGCCCCGCAGAUCCCCGCCCACACGACCUGGUGCGCUCUAAAUCGAAAACACUGCAAUAUGGAGAACUCGACGUCUGCAGAGGAGGAAUGUGAAGCGACUGGGCCUCUUCUCGACCCCACUGCCAGGGAAUUCACUCCCGUCUGGCCGCUCCCGCCUGCCCCUCACCUGCGCAGCGCCGCUCUAAAGCCGCUUCUGUUUCCAGAGCCACACGGAGAAGACCGGAGCCACCUCCUGAGGAGAUCACGUGAUCUGCCUCUCCCCUGUGUACUGUGUGACCGAUGUUUCGGGGAGAGCGGGAGCGAGGGAGAGGAGGAGGAGGAGGGAGGGAGGUGGGAGAGAGGUCGGGAUGCCUUACUUUGUCACUUUCUAGAUGAUCACUGUAUUGUGGUGCACCAGGUGGAGUAUAUCGCUAGUCUUCGCAGCUAUUGUCAGUACUGGAGAGAGAGACUGACACGGUCCAACAUCUCCACAUACUGUCCGGUCAUCAGGACAAACACCCAUCCAACUGACCCAGGCCCAUCCAAAGACUACUACCUGAUGAGUGAUGCUCUGCCUGAAGACAGACAACUGAGGCAGUCACUACAACUGGCUAGACUAGAGGCGGUGUUGGAGCAGCAGCAGUCCGAGAGACAAGACUCAGAGUUCAAGAGGUCGUGUUUGUUUUGUGGUCUGGUUGUCAUGGGCAACCGGGCGCUCCUCCUUCGUCACAUGCUGGAGAGUCAUGGAUUCAGUGUGGGCCAGCCCAACAACCUUGUUUUUGUGAGUGAGUUUCUUGAUCUUCUGCAAGAGAAACUGGAUAAAUUGCUGUGCCUCUAUUGCGAGAAGCUGUUCAAAGACAGAAACACACUCAAGGAACAUAUGCGGAAAAAACAACACAAGAAGAUUAACCCUAACAACACUGAAUAUGACCGGUUCUAUGUGGUUAACUACCAGGAGAGUGGGAGAGGGUGGAGAGAGAUAAUGGCUGAUGAGGCAGAUGAUUCAACUCAUCCCCAUAGAGAUGAGUAAGCCCCUGUAAUUAGUCGUUAACUACCACUUGGCACUAUUUUCACAGCUUUUCACUUUUUGGAGUUUGCGCUGAAAGUGGCUUAUAUACACUGUACUCUAGUGAAGAUUGGAUACAUUUUUCAAUCGACCCAGACAUGAAAUUUUUGCCUCAACCACAAGCCCUCGCAUUCCCAUGAUGUCAUUAUGAUUUGCUCAGUUCAGCGGCAGUCUUCAUUCCAUUCCAGGGACUGGGGAGACUGGAAUGAGGACAGACAACCUCUCCUACACUGUCUGUUCUGCCCCUCUUUCACCUCCCCCUCUCUUUCUUCCCUCACCUGUCACAUGAAGGAGGUCCACAGAUUUGACUGGGCGGAGUCUGUUGGUUGCCAUAACUACUAUCUGCAGGUAAAGGCAGUCAAUUACCUGAGGAGACAGGUUUCGAGGCAACGCUGCCCAGCCUGCCACGCCCACUGCUCCUCGGAGGCUCACCUAGUGCUGCACAUGGAGGUCAAAGGUCACUGCAGUCUCCCCUCGGAUCUCUCCAUAUGGAAUCAAGCUCAGUAUCUCUUCCCGACGUUUGAAAACGAUGCUCUUCUCUGUUGCCUUGACGACAACAGCACAGACUGAUCAUGAACUAAGCCAUGCCCAAUUGACCACACCCACAUUAUGAUUGGUUUCUUCGUUCACUGUCACGUUAUCAAAUCAUGUGUACAACCAAUCAUCAAUGACACAAACAAAUUGACAAACUACGUCAUAUGAUAAAAAGUGAUCCAGAAAAGAUGUAAAGAUAUUAUACAAGUCUUGUCACUAGUCUAUUCUUCAAAAAUUGGUGCAAAUUAGUAAAAAAGAGAAAGGAUUGAAUUUCAAAAUGGUCAUUAUUCUACAAUGCUCAUUAGCUAGCAGUGUGCGGAACUGAUCGAGGUGGCGAUACAAGAAUCAGUCAUCAGCUGAAGCUGCUAGUGCCACUCAUCAACUUUGGCUGUAGUCGCUGACCAUCACUGAACGUUCUCUUGCGACCGCUGGGCGGAGUCUGCUGCGGGAGCGUCUCACUCCGCUUGAUGACUCCGCCCAGCUCUGCCCUCUCUCUACCAGCUCCGGCUGCGUCAAAGUUCAGGGUUCGUACGAUCCGAACUACAGCUGCUGCGACUUCGCUCGGGGUCGCCUCGCUGUUGCCUAGCACCGACCAAUCGGAUUCGUCGAUGGCUGGCAGUCUCUGGAAGAUGUUCUGAGGAGUGUCAAAGAGCCCCGAGGCGGCUCCGCCCGUGACCCUGACAGGGAUGAUGUAAUUCCCAUUCCAGUAGAACUGCUGAGCUUCGAACGCUGCUCCUGGCCCUCCCUCGAUGAGAAUACACAGUUUCACCACGUGAGGUGUGACCAUCUCUCGCUGACGGACACUGCUACCAGCAAAGAUGGUCUCUCCAUACGGCAGAGCAAGGAAUGUGCCGUCCUUGUUCUGCCUCGUCUGAGAGGACCGGUCCUCCUUAUCUCGCUCAGCAAUCAGGUGCCACACCCCACAUCCCUGGCCACGCCCACUCCUCUCCUUGUCAAAACUCCGUCCAACCGUCUCUCCGACUCCAUAAAACCCUCCGGUCACCAAGGCAACGGUUGAUUCCUGCGCAAGCCGCACCCCCCAGCUCACGGCAAAUCUCCUCUCCUUUCUCCGAGUAAAAGCCCGUUCCCCCGGAGAUAUACACGAGACUCCGCCCACUCGGCAGUUGCUUGGUAACCUCGCUACACAGCCGUGCAAUUUCUGCCUUCUCCCUCAACAUUGACCUAGGGUGACCUCUCGCUUCUGCGGGUUGAGUGCCUCUUCCACACGAUCAAGCAGCUGCUGUCUGUGACCGGAUGAUUGGCAGGAAAUGAAGGGGCUGGUACCAAUUAGCAUACAGACCCAG